UGUCUUGUCCUCGGCUGUGUCCGCAGCUUGGACUCGGGUCCACACUUCAUCCUAGCGACGGUGAUGUUAGCAGCCAAAAUGGCCCGCAGCGAUGCAGUGACGGUCUUCUCUGGCAAUACCACAAUGGCCUUCUCCGUCAAUUCUUCUACGACAGAUUUCUCCAACAGCUCAACCACUGUUUUCUGGAUGGAAAACAUAACGACAACGGUUAGUCACUCUCUGCAGACCUACCCCGAGAGAGUUGUUGUCGCUGUAGUCUGGCUCCUGCUCGCGGUGUUCAACGUCACAGGUAACACCAUGGUCAUCCUGGGGGUGGUGUUCAGUAGGAAGCUGCGGACAUCCACCAACGUCUUCGUGGUCAGUCUCAGCGUGGCUGAUCUUCUGACAGGCCUGGCAUUACCCAUGAGCGCUGUUGGUCUGCUCAGUCCGGGAAACACUUGGCCGUGGUCCACCGAGACUCCCUGCUACUUAGCUGGCCUACUGCUUUUUGUCAGCUCUUGUGCUAGUCUCUACAACUUGGCCUCUAUCGCCCUGAACAGACUGGUCCUCAUCAAGCGCCCGAUGACUCUUUACCGUAGUCUCUACACCAAGCGCAAUGUAGUCAUCAUCGUGGUAGCCAUCUGGUUUGUUGCCUUUGCAACGAUGAUCGUUCCACCGAUCUUCGGCAUUGGAGGGUUCGGCUACGACGAGCAGCAUCACACCUGCAGUGACUUGGAUACCCAUCCUAAGGCCAAAACCUUCGAGAGGAUUCAAACCUUCGUCUUGUAUCCCAUCCCUUUCAUCACCAUUGUCACUUGCUACACCAUGAUCUUCUUGCACGUCCGCCGCCACUUCCAGGCCCAGAGAUCCAUGCGAGUUGCAAGCAGCUACACCGGCCCGGUUUGUGCUACCCCGGGCAGUUCUAGCUUCGUGGUGUCUGACAGCAGUGAUGCCUUGAAGACAGCUCAAAGCGACCGUGUCUAUCGCCAGCAGCUCGAAAUCACCAAGAAUCUCUUCAUGGCAGUCUGUGCCUUCUUCCUCUGUAUCACUCCGUACUGCGUGGCGCUUUUCAUCCCCAACACCGACCGAUACCUUUUGUUUUUGGGCGUGGUCUUUACCCUCAACAGCUGCGUCAACCCGAUCGUAUACGCCGCUAAACAUCCACAGUUCAAGAAGGUUUUGCGCCGUAUGAUAAGAUGCCGGUGCUCACAGAUUGAAGAGCCGUCUAAUGCACUCAAAGCUGUCAUGGCUUGCUGUCGCAAGGCGUGAAUUGCACAAGUCAAGUCCGCAUUAGAUUACACGUCUAUUUUCUAAACGGGAAUUGCCUUGAAGACAAAAUAUAAUAGAGUGCAGUACAGUGCACUCCACGUGCAUACAGUUUGAGCGAUACCAGUGGCGUGUUUAGAAAACUAGACCGGAGUUUUUAGAAGUAUGUAAAUCAUGCAAAUUUCUUUGUUGCAUAUGCAGAUACCUUUUUCAUGUUAUAAUAUCAAAACAAGCCUUAAAUUCAACUCCCCUUCUCUCUUCAGUGCUCUCAUUUCAGUUUUAUGAAAUUUGAUUGAUCAUGUUUUAAGAACUUCUCUUGGUCAAAAUUUUGUACAUGCAUGUAUCAUUACAAAGAAUUUGUGUAAGCGGUGAUUGUAACACAUUUGAAAAAGUAAGAUGAGAUUGCAAAACUCAUAAAUCUUUGCUGCACAUGGAGUGUAAAAACCUUUAGUAAUUGACCAGAAUCGGAGUACACGUACAGGCAUCACCAAUGCAUCUGUUGUACAUGUGCACCAGGCUGGCUGGGUAGUGUUGUAAUUGAGCAUAAUUAUUUUUCAUGGAUGCCAGUUCUUCUGAAUAUUACAUGUAGUACAAAAUACGGGAGAAUGGACUAUUUUCUUGCGAGUAUGAAUACGACUACAAUCGGGAGCAAAUUUCCAAAAGCACGAGUAAAAUUGCUAAAACACACGGCAGAUAGUAUGGGUACAUGUAAUGUAAAAACACUGAAGUCUGAAUUCGUAGACGUGGGUACGGCUUAAUUGGUUGUAAUAAGUACAAAAGUUGGUUUGAACUGUGACUUCAUGUAGCAUGCUGAAGAAUGAGAUGAGAUCUGCGAAGCAUGUAAAUUAUGCAAGAAAAUUUAUCAUGAAUUUUAAAAUCACAUUGUAGAGAACGACUUGUUGAAAAAACAUUGCAAAUAUAAAGAGCAUGAAUACAUUUGAUUGCAUGCCUAAAAGCUGGGAAAACUUACUACAUAUACUCACACAUUAUAAAAUAUAUGCUGUCCGUGACGUUGGCUUCAUCGAAGCCUCUACAGAAAGGUAUGUAACCUGGAAAAAUAGCUCAAAAUCAAUAAAGGGAAAAAAACUAAAAGAACAAAAUCUAAACGUGUGGGAAACUCGCUUUAUGGCAACAAAAAAACUAACUGAAAUCUUUCAGGGAGGGAUCGUGAGAUUACUCUACAAAUGAAACUACAAACAGAGUUUAAAUUUCCGCACAAAAAAAUUUAAAAUGGUUUAUUAUAUUUCGUCAGACUGUAUUCGGACUGCUAAUUUUCGAGGCAGAAUUUGCGAAUAAAAAAGG